AUGAAGCUGUUGGUUCCAAUCUCAGAUCUAGAUCUAUCGUUGGAAACACCUCUUGAGGAGCUCGAGACAUUACAUUGUUCGCGGAGGUUCGUUAUCUUCGAUGAGAACCUUCCUGUAUACCUCCAUUAUAAUCCGACAAGUUGCAAACCAAAAAAACUCACGGUCAAUAUAAAUGAAGCUGUUGUUUACGAGGGCAGCGAUGCAUCGAUCUGGAAGGCAGCUGGACCUCCUGGAUUUAGGUUGUGGAAGCUAGAUGAACAGCUUAUACGCAAUAAGAUUUUCCACACCAAUUUGUGCAUGAACAAUAGCAAUAAGAAUCGAAUGACUUUGAAACUAGAAUACCAAGUGAUUGAUGAGAACGAAGUUCCUACAACCUUUGUUCCUGAUAAUGAAAUUUUACCUACUUUUAAGCAACUAAAACUGCACGAGAAGCGACCGAAUGAUGUGGUAAAUGAAAAUGUUUUAAAAGAGGAAUUCGUAUCUCUUCCAAUACAUACGCUGCUGACCAUGCGGCUGAGAAAUUUAACACUGUCAUCCAGGAAUACUAUCCUUUCAUCGUUGGACUUUCAGGCUUCUAUGGCGAUAUGUGAAUUUAUUCCGGACCCGGAAAUGAUGAUCUCAUCCAUUCGAUAUGAAUUGGUCGAUGACAUAUCUUCGGUAGUGGUAUAUCCCAUGUGGGAGAUAGAAUUUCCACUAACAGUAACCAAAUUUGACAGCCACAGUAUCAAUUACCAGCUUCCUGAAAACAAGAACCGUCCUCACCGUGUUCGGAUCACUGUAGAAUACCAACUUAAAAGAGAACAUCAAAUGCAUCCAAUUGUCACGGUAUGGGACACAGAAGUGUCAUUAAGGAAGACAAUUCAAACCCUUAGAGAAACUUCUCUUGCCCUACCUUCUCAGCCAUCAACCGGCUACACAACUCCAUAUAUUGGUUCCACAGCCUCGUUUGCUGGACCUGGUGGUUUCCAACGGUACUCUUCAUCCGCAUCAUGCCUUCAUCAAUCCGGCCUAAAACUUGGCUCCGGUGUCACAUUCAAGAUCCGUGACCUCAAAGAACCUGUACCGUGUGGCCGUGAGUUUCCAUUGAUUCUCCAGAUAGACAAUGCCUCGACCUUUUCGCUGAACCUUGUGAUAUACUAUUCUUCAGUUAGAGCUCAACAAUCCCAAGAUAUUCGUCUAAAAAUGAAUUACGAAGGUAUUAUACUGCUUUCUAACGACUAUAAGGUGCCACCUAUCGCCCCAGGUGAAACUUAUGAAGUAGAAUUGAACUGCAUCGGAAUCAUUCCCGGCUAUUACCACAACCUGAGAGGGUUGAAGGUGGUCAAUCUCGACACCAAUGAAGUAAUACACAUUGGGCGUAAUGUCUCAAUCACGAUCAUAUAA